UCCUCCUCCCACUCUCCCCCUUCCACUCUCCCCCUCCUCUCCCUACUCUAUGCUCCUCUCCUCCUCCCCUCCUUCUCCCUCUCCUUCUCCUCUCCCUACUCCCUCUCCUCCUCCACACUCCUCCUCCUCCCUCAUCCCUCCUUCUCCCUCUCCUCCUCCUCUCCUUACUCCCUCUCCUCCUCCUCCCUCCCUCCUUCUCCCUCUCCUCCUCCUCUCCCUACUCCCUCUCCUCAUCCACGCUAAUCCCCCUCCUUUCCCCCCCUCCAACGUUUAAAAAUAAAAAAUAAACAUUGUUUAUUUGAAUGAAUUAAAUUGUAUAUUUUUUAGGCCCUGCGAUGGACUGGCGAGCUGUCCAGGGUGUCUCUGCCUUCGCCAUGAGUCGGCUGGGAGAGGCUCCAGCCGAUCAAGCAGAGUGUAGAAGAUGGAUGGAUGGAUGGAUGGAUGGAUGGAUGGAUGGAUGGAUGUUGUGUGGUUCCAACUGAACUCUGUCCUUGCCAGUGGGACUCGGGUCAGGGUGCCUUUCAGAGGUGUGGGUGGAUCUGGGGGGGAUAAACACCCUCACAGUGAAGCUCCGCUCUGGCUAAAGGUGAGAAGGAUGCAGACAGCAUGUCAUGGAGAAGUAACAUGUGUGUCUGCAUCCCAUCCUGGACCCACAGUGGAGUUCCACAGUGACAAGGACCAGAGUUCAGGGGAAUCACACUGGGAGGGGGGAGGAAGAUUUCACGGGCCGCCGCACAAUGGUGGCCCGUGACAAGGUAAGUUUUAGGUUUACGUUUGAUAUUUAUCAUACAAGAAGUUUUUAAAUCUCCAAACAGGAGGUGAUACAUUUUCUGCAAGAUUCUCACACGUUUUCCUGUUGUUGUUUUUUUCAGCCCCAGCUUCUGAUGGCCCCAGGACUCAAAACUGAAAGAAGGACAAGAAGAAGACCCAAAGAUGAGACCCAGCUCCAGCAGACCCGUGAAGACGAGGAACCGACCCACCAGAGACGACCCUAGAGAGGCCAACCAGCCUGCAAUGAGAUGAUGGGACAACUUCAUAAGGAGCAGAAUGCACUGCUGCUUCCUGGUCACCAAAUGAUUCCAACAGGGAUGGAUCAUCGAGGAGAAAUAAUCCAUUUUGAAGAAAAGAUGAUGGGAAACAUGUCCAGGACCAGUGCAUGAGACGUGAGACCAUUCAACUAAUACAAGAGCUCUCUCUCCAAGACACCCGCUAAAAUGUAGGAUCAGAUCAAGACAAGAAACUGGAUAAGGAGCAGCCCCAGCAUUUGAACUCAGACUAGGGAAGAGGGGAUGCUGCUUAUAGUGACGCAAAAGGAGGAAGUCGGAGUACAAAGAGAAAACCCCACACAGUCACAGAGACAACAUGGACGGAAAGAACCAGACGACCAGCAGUUGUUACUUCAAAAUCUAAGAAGACAAAGAAACAGUUCGAGGAGCCUCAGGACGAUCGACAACAGAAGAAACGUGUCCGAGAACAGGAAGAAGAUGACCAACAGCAUCAAACAGAGAAGAAGAAGAAGAAACAGACCCCGGAAGAAGAAGAAAAAGAAGAAGAAGAGAAGCUCCAGAUUACUCCAAAGGAAUCUCUGGAUGUGGAGCUACGCAUUUAGAUCUGCUGUUCAUGUUUUCUCCCUCCUCUGUACCCUCAUCCCAAAUGGAGGUUUUUUUUCAACUUCCCGGCAACGGGAAGUUUUUUUCCUCCAUAAUGCUACCAAAUGUUGAUCUGAUCAAACAGCAAUAAGAGAGCCUUCAAUAAAAAGUCAAAACAAAAGACAUGUA